AUGGCCAAUGUGACAAAGUCUUUCAAGAUAACUUACAGCAAUUCUUCAUCCUCUUGGACUGUGACAGUAAACACAUUAAAUGUCACCCUUCAGAACCUUACUUCUGGGACUAAUUACACAAUUACUGUAGUAACAGUUGGUGCUCGGCAGUACCAGAGUUCUCCUGUGACCAGUUCUAUCUACACAAAACCAAUGAAAGUGAAAGAGCUCCGAGCAUCUAAUGUGAAUUUUAAUUAUGUUUUCCUGAAUUGGAAUCAACCUGACGAGUAUAGAAGUGAUUACACCUACAGAGUACAAAUAGCAAACACUUCAUCUGUAGUGAUAAAUAAAACAACGGCAUCAAAUCAACUCAAUGUAACUGAUCUGACACCCGGAGUAACAUAUACAUUCACUGUAUUUACACGAGCGGCUGAUAAUGUCACGGAAAGUCAAUCUGUCUCAUAUACAACCUGCACAGUGCCUGGUUUAAUUGGAUCUCAGAAUAUCACAGUGAAUAAUAACAAGACAACUAAUUCCCUCAGUGUGACCUGGGUCAAUGCAGAAGGAAAUGUGGAUAAUUACACAGUGGUUCUGAGUGGAGACAUCAAUAAUGCAAACACAACUAAUUAUACACAAGUGAAUUUCGCAGACUUACUACCAGGCAGAGAAUAUGCCAUCACUGUACAGACAGUUAGUGGUAACUGCAUCCAGAUAUCAGCUCCAGUGACAGAGGCAACAUAUCCAACCCCACCAAGCUCUUUAAACUUUACCAGCAUCGGAACAAAUUACAUAUCACUGUCCCUGGGAGAACCAGUGAAUAUGGCCAAUAUAUCAAAAACGUUUAAUAUAAUUUACAGCAAUUCUUCAUCAUUUUGGACUGUGUCAGCAAACUCAUUAAAUGUCACCCUUGAGAACCUCACAUCUGGGACUAUCUACGCAAUUACUGUAGUAACAGUUGGUGCUCGGCAGUAUCAGAGUUUUCCUGUGACCAUAUCAGCGUACACAAAACCGAAGACAGUGAAACUCCUCAGAGACAAUGCCAAGACAUCAUCUUCUGUUUCCCUGAUUUGGGAUCAACCUGACGAGUACCAGGCUGAAUUUAGAUACAGAAUACAAACAGCAAAUGCAUCGUCUGCAGUGAUAAAUGAAAUUAUUGUGACAAAUCAAACUGUUAAUGUAACUAAUCUGACACCUGGGGAGACAUAUACAUUCACUGUAUUUACAAGAGCGGCUGAUAAUGUCACUGAAAGUUAUUCUGUCUCAUAUACAACCUGCACAGGGGUAAACUGGAUACUUACACAGCCUGAUGAACCUCCCUCGUCCAAUCAAAUUUCUUUUAGCUUCCCUGAGUUUGAAAGCACAAAUGAACCUAUAAAGUCUUAUGCUGUGAUAGUAACAACUGGAGAAAAUGUUGCAGGCCAGGUUCCAAGUCGUGGAAUUCUGAACAAGACAUACGAUGAUUUCAAGAAUAAUAAAACAAAUACAUAUGUCUCAAACAUCAAAGAAAUGGCGAGCCGGACUUUGAGAUCUCUUACGGCAAAUUCUGUAACUGUUAAAAUUGGUGCUGGAGAUAAACAAUAUGGCUAUUACAAUGGACCCUUGGAACCAUCUACAUCCUACUGGAUUAGUGUUGCUGGAUUCACCGACAUUGAGUUUGAUAAUGCCACAGGAACCAUUCUGGAGGAUCGCUCCGUAGCAAAGUUUUCUCCUUUCUCAAACGAGAUUAAAACAUCUGUGAAUUCCUCUCAGAACACAUCUCAAAACUCAGAACCGAAGACAGUGAAACUCCUCAGAGACAAUGACAAGACAUCAUCUUCUGUUUCCCUGAUUUGGGAUCAACCUGACGAGUACCAGGCUGAAUAUAGAUACAGAAUACAAACAACAAGUGCAUCAUCUGCAGUGAUAAAUGAAAUUAUUGUUACAAAUCAAACUGUUAAUGUAACUAAUCUGACACCUGGGGAGACAUAUACAUUCACUGUAUUUACAAGAGCAGCUGAUAAUGUCACUGAAAGUCAAGCUGUCUCAUAUACAACCUGCACAGUUCCGAGCCUGGCUCAGAAUAUCACAGUAAAUAAUAAAAAUACUACUAAUUCAAUCAGUGUGAACUGGACAAUACCAUCAGGGAAAGUGGAUAAUUACACAGUCACUCUGAAUGGAGACGUCAACAGAACAACCACAACUAAUUCUACACAUGUGGAUUUCACAGACUUACUGCCAGGCAGAAACUACUCCAUCACUAUACAGACAAUUAGUAGUAACUGUAGCCAGUCAGCAGCUCCAGUGAUAGAGGCAACAUAUCCUACCUCACCAGGCUCAUUUUAUUUUACUGAUAUCGGAACAAACACCAUUUCGUUGUCCUGGGGAGAACCAGCAAAUAUGGCCAAUGUGACAAAGUCUUUCAAGAUAACUUACAGCAAUUCUUCAUCCUCUUGGACUGUGACAGUAAACACAUUAAAUGUCACCCUUCAGAACCUUACUUCUGGGACUAAUUACACAAUUACUGUAGUAACAGUUGGUGCUCGGCAGUACCAGAGUUCUCCUGUGACCAGUUCUAUCUACACAAAACCAAUGAAAGUGAAAGAGCUCCGAGCAUCUAAUGUGAAUUUUAAUUAUGUUUUCCUGAAUUGGAAUCAACCUGACGAGUAUAGAAGUGAUUACACCUACAGAGUACAAAUAGCAAACACUUCAUCUGUAGUGAUAAAUAAAACAACGGCAUCAAAUCAACUCAAUGUAACUGAUCUGACACCCGGAGUAACAUAUACAUUCACUGUAUUUACACGAGCGGCUGAUAAUGUCACGGAAAGUCAAUCUGUCUCAUAUACAACCUGCACAGUGCCUGGUUUAAUUGGAUCUCAGAAUAUCACAGUGAAUAAUAACAAGACAACUAAUUCCCUCAGUGUGACCUGGGUCAAUGCAGAAGGAAAUGUGGAUAAUUACACAGUGGUUCUGAGUGGAGACAUCAAUAAUGCAAACACAACUAAUUAUACACAAGUGAAUUUCGCAGACUUACUACCAGGCAGAGAAUAUGCCAUCACUGUACAGACAGUUAGUGGUAACUGCAUCCAGAUAUCAGCUCCAGUGACAGAGGCAACAUAUCCAACCCCACCAAGCUCUUUAAACUUUACCAGCAUCGGAACAAAUUACAUAUCACUGUCCCUGGGAGAACCAGUGAAUAUGGCCAAUAUAUCAAAAACGUUUAAUAUAAUUUACAGCAAUUCUUCAUCAUUUUGGACUGUGUCAGCAAACUCAUUAAAUGUCACCCUUGAGAACCUCACAUCUGGGACUAUCUACGCAAUUACUGUAGUAACAGUUGGUGCUCGGCAGUAUCAGAGUUUUCCUGUGACCAUAUCAGCGUACACAAAACCGAAGACAGUGAAACUCCUCAGAGACAAUGCCAAGACAUCAUCUUCUGUUUCCCUGAUUUGGGAUCAACCUGACGAGUACCAGGCUGAAUUUAGAUACAGAAUACAAACAGCAAAUGCAUCGUCUGCAGUGAUAAAUGAAAUUAUUGUGACAAAUCAAACUGUUAAUGUAACUAAUCUGACACCUGGGGAGACAUAUACAUUCACUGUAUUUACAAGAGCGGCUGAUAAUGUCACUGAAAGUUAUUCUGUCUCAUAUACAACCUGCACAGUUCCAGGUCUGGCUCAGAAUAUCACAGUAAAUAAUAAGAAUACUACUAAUUUGAUCAGUGUGAACUGGACAAUACCAGCAGGGAAAGUGGAUAAAUACACAGUCACUCUGAAUGGAGACGUCAAUAGAACAAUCACAACUAAUUCUACACAAGUGGAUUUCACAGACCUACUGCCAGGCAAAAGCUACUCCAUCACUAUACAGACAGUUAGUAGUAACUGCAGCCAGUCAGCAGCUCCAGUGACAGAGGCAACAUAUCCUACCUCACCAGGCUCAUUUUAUUUUACUGAUAUCGGAACAAACACCAUUUCGUUGUCCUGGGGAGAACCAGCAAAUAUGGCCAAUGUGACAAAGUCUUUCAAGAUAACUUACAGCAAUUCUUCAUCCUCUUGGACUGUGACAGUAAACACAUUAAAUGUCACCCUUCAGAACCUUACUUCUGGGACUAAUUACACAAUUACUGUAGUAACAGUUGGUGCUCGGCAGUACCAGAGUUCUCCUGUGACCAGUUCUAUCUACACAAAACCGAAGACAGUGAAACUCCUCAGAGACAAUGCCAAGACAUCAUCUUCUGUUUCCCUGAUUUGGGAUCAACCUGACGAGUACCAGGCUGAAUUUAGAUACAGAAUACAAACAGCAAACGCAUCGUCUGCAAUGAUAAAUGAAAUUAUUGUGACAAAUCAAACUGUUAAUGUAACUAAUCUGACACCUGGGGAGACAUAUACAUUCACUGUAUUUACAAGAGCGGCUGAUAAUGUCACUGAAAGUUAUUCUGUCUCAUAUACAACCUGCACAGUUCCAGGUCUGGCUCAGAAUAUCACAGUAAAUAAUAAGAAUACUACUAAUACGCUCAGUGUGAACUGGACAAUACCAGCAGGGAAAGUGGAUAAAUACACAGUCACUCUGAAUGGAGACGUCAAUAGAACAAUCACAACUAAUUCUACACAAGUGGAUUUCACAGACCUACUGCCAGGCAAAAGCUACUCCAUCACUAUACAGACAGUUAGUAGUAACUGCAGCCAGUCAGCAGCUCCAGUGACAGAGGCAACAUAUCCUACCUCACCAGGCUCAUUUUAUUUUACUGAUAUCGGAACAAACACCAUUUCCUUGUCCUGGGGAGAACCAGUAAAUAUGACCAAUGUGACAAAGACUUUCAAUAUAACUUACAGCAAUUCUUCAUCCUCUUGGACUGUGUCAGUAAACACAUUAAAUGUCACCCUUCAGAACCUCAUGUCUGGGACUAAUUACACAAUUACUGUAGUAACAGUUGGUGCUCAGCAGUAUCAGAGUUCUCCUGUGAUCAGUACCAUCUUCACAAAACCGAUGCCAGUGAAACAGCUCAGAGAUAAUGGAACGACUACUGUAUCUGUUUUCCUGAUUUGGAAUCAACCAGAUGAGUAUAGAAGUGAUUACACCUACAGAGUACAAGAAGCAAAAUUCUCAUCUGUUGUGAUAAAUAAAACAACGGCAUCAAAUCAACUCAAUGUAACUGAUCUGACACCCGGAGUAACAUAUACAUUCACUGUUUUUACACGAGCGGCUGAUAAUGUCACUGAAAGUCAAUCUGUCUCAUAUACAACCAGCACAGGGGUAAACUGGAUACUUACACAGCCUGAUGAACCUCCCUCGUCCAAUCAAAUUUCUUUUAGCUUCCCUGAGUUUGAAAACACAAAUGAACCUAUAAAGUCUUAUGCUGUGAUAGUAACAACUGGAGAAAAUGUUGCAGGCCAGGUUCCAAGUCGUGGAAUUCUGAACAAGACAUACGAUGAUUUUAAGAAUAAGAAAACUAAUACAUAUGUCUCAAACAUCAAAGAAAUGGCGAGCAGGACUUUGAGAUCUCUUAAGGCAAAUUCUAUAACUGUUAAAAUCGGUGCUGGAGAUAAAAAAUAUGGCUAUUACAAUGGACCCCUGGAACCAUCUACAUCCUACUGGAUUAGUGUUGCUGGAUUCACCGACAUUGAGUUUGAUAAUGCCACAGGAACCAUUCUGGAGGAUCGCUCCGUAGCAAAGUUUUCUCCUUUCUCAAACGAGAUUAAAACAUCUGUGAAUUCAUCUCAGAACACAUCUCAAAACUCAGGUGCCAUAGCGGGAGCCGUGGUCGGAGGUAUCCUGGGAUGUACAGCACUGAGUGCAGCAAUAUUUUUCCUCUGGAAAAAAAGAAGCAAUUCAGGCAACAUGUCUAGAAUAUUAAAAAGGGAAGAAGACAAUGAAACCUUUACAAAUGAACAAAGGAGAAAUAUCUCUGCAGAGUUUAGGAGACUGAAGUCAGUUGGAAUGGUCAGCACUGUAACAUGUGAAAAUGCAGAAUCAAUCCCGCCGUUGCCAUCUCUGAGUGUUUAUGCAGUACCGAGUUCAGAAGAUGAAUUCAUUGUAGCUUCAAAUUUAAGAACAAAUCAAGAUGUUGCUGAUUUCUGGCAAAUAAUUUUGGAAAAAAACAUAAACCAAAUUGUCAUGCUUUCUGAAAAUGACAUGGUGGAAAGCAAAAAUUAUUGGUACAGAAAUAAAACAAAUACACACGGUGACAUAACGGUGACUGCUGUGUCAAGUACUGACUUUAACAAAUGGACUAUGAGAGACAUAAAAGUCACAAAUGAAAAAGAAAAUAUAAGUCGGCAGCUUCAGCAGUUUCAGUUUACAGCAUGGUCUGGGUUUAAUGAUGAACAAACAAGAAAAAGUUUCACAUCCUUUGUGCUAGAGGUCCGAAGGCGUCGAAAGCAAACCACAGUGGCGACCCCUACACUGGUGUACUGCAGUUCUGGAAGGACUGGUGUUUUUAUUGUGUUGGAUCAGAUUAUACAACAAAUCGAGGAAGGAAAAACUGUGGAAUUAUAUAACACUGUGUACGACAUGCAUACCCAUGGGCCACAAAUGGUGCAAACCGAGAACCAGUAUAUCUUCUUGCAUCAAUGUGCACUUGAUCUAAGUAAAACUGAAAAUGUAAACCUGGAUGUUUACAGUGAGAUAAACGACGAACCUCUGUAUCAAACGGUAGACAAAUCUAGAUACAAACAGCGUCAGUCAUCAUGAAGAUGGGAGAACCUAUACAUACACUGAUGGUGGAUUAUCUUUAAUCAUA